AAUUAAGGCUCCAAACACCGAUCUUCACGCAAAGCUCCUUGUAGAUCUGCAGAUUCCACUGCAAUCAUUUCUAAACCAAGCAAAAGAGUUUUAUUUUUCUCUGGCUCCUUCGAAUCGAAGGAAAAUUUAUCCAUGCUGAUUUCUGAAACACUUGUGUGUUCUUAGCGGAAUUCUGAAGCUGCAAAAGUCUAGAGACUAGAGAAAGGGUAUUGCGUGCCCAAGAGGAAAGUUUCCUUUUUUAGUAUGUGAGCAAUAAUGGGGUCUGGAAAUAAAGCUCCUUCUUCUUCUGGGCGCACUGAAAUGUCUAUCUCAGGACUUAAUGAGAAGCACCAGCUGGAGCUAGAAAAUUUGACACUAACCACACAACCUUUCAAGACAUUGAAAUUCUUCACAUUAGCUCUUAUUCAAUGCAUGAAGAAAACAACAUUAUAUCUGUUGGCAAAAGGUGGGUGGCUUAUGCUUUUCAGUGUUGCGGUAGUAGGGGCUCUUGGUAUAUUGCUGAUGACCUUCAGUGGCCUCCCCGAGAAGCAUCUUGAGGAGCUUCUUGAAUAUUUCCGCUUUGGACUGUGGUGGAUGGCCCUUGGGGUUGCAUCUUCAAUUGGUCUCGGAUCUGGUUUGCACACGUUUGUCCUAUAUUUGGGUCCCCACAUAGCACUUUUUACAAUAAAAUCAAUGCAAUGCGGCCGAGUUGAUUUGAAAAGCGCACCAUAUGAUACAAUACAGUUAAAAAGAGGUCCUUCUUGGCUUGAUAAAGACUGUUCUCAUUUUGGGCCACCAUUGUUCCAGUCAGUAUAUGGUUCACGGGUCCCACUUAGCAGCAUUUUGCCUCAAGUUCAGUUGGAGGCUGUUCUAUGGGGUAUAGGAACAGCUAUAGGGGAGCUUCCUCCUUACUUUAUCUCCAGGGCAGCACGCUUGUCUGGGAGCAGAGUGGACGCAAUGGAAGAGUUAGAUAGUGAAGAUAAAGGAGUCUUGAAUCAAAUCAAGUGCUGGUUUCUUUCACACACUCAACAUUUGAAUUUCCUUACCAUUCUUGUGCUUGCAUCGGUACCAAAUCCUCUAUUUGACCUUGCUGGCAUCAUGUGUGGACAAUUUGGCAUUCCAUUUUGGAAAUUUUUUCUUGCAACCUUGAUUGGAAAGGCAAUUAUUAAAACUCACAUACAGACGGUAUUCAUCAUCUCAGUUUGCAAUAAUCAACUUCUUGACUGGAUAGAGAAUGAAUUUAUCAGGGUUCUCAGCCAUAUACCUGUUUUCGCUUCUGUCUUGCCUAAAGUGAUUGCAAAUCUCCAUACAGUGAAAGAUAAGUAUCUGAAAGCACCCCAUACAGUUUCCCCAAAUAUGCAGGGAAAUGAUGAACUUCAGGGAAAAAAGUGGGAUUUCUCAUUUGCUUCAAUAUGGAACACUCUUGUGUGGCUCAUGCUUAUGAACUUCUUUGUCAAGAUAGUGAAUGCAACUGCCCAGAGGUAUCUGAAGAAACAGCAGGAGAGAGAGCUAGCUGCAUUUACGAAAAAAUUUACCUUAACAGACUCAGAUGCACGCUGAAAUGCUCAUGUUCUGCUUGUAUUGCCUUUUUUAAAGCGGUUCCUCAUGCAAGCAGAAAGUUGAAAUUCAAAUUACAACUCUAUUCCUGAAGGCCCCGUAGAAGUUACUCCAAAAACACUCUAUCAGAGGCCCUAUUAGGAGCUUCUAUAGGAAUGAAUAUGCACAGUAGGCAACAAAAGUUGCAAGUUUUAUUUAUAACUCUCUAAUUUUGGGGCAAGCAUUGUUUGGAUUUUAGAUUUUAACCCCAUAUUAGCUACUGCUAUGAUGGAAUUAUGGGAGU